UAUGUGUGUAAGCUCGACCUUAAAAGAGAUUGAAUACAUUUCUAUAACAUGUGAAUGCUUCGGUAAUUAUACUUUAUUAUAUUUAAGUAGUCGAAAGACUCAAUUGUGUGUCGAAAUAAUGUUAUAAUGAUAUUUAAAUACAAUGUAGUGUGCAAUAGCAUGUCAUUAUAAUAUACUUUAUUAACUUCACUAUUAGAAUGCUUCCUACAAUCCCAUUAAGGUACGCAUGGCGCUCUCAUAUCUCACCUCUGAGUGCAAAGAGGUCAGUCUACUUUUACUUGGCAAAACUGGACAUGGUAAAAGUGCUACAGGAAAUACUAUUUUAGGGCGAAGUGUAUUCUCUACAUCAGAUAGCCCCAAUUCAAAAACAGUCACGGCCAUUUUGAAUAGUUCAAAAAGGGAUGAUGGCAGUGUUGUCAGUGUCGUUGAUACACCUGGUGUUAUGGACACAGAUUCCAAAAAUAACCGUAUACUUCCCAAAGUUUGCGAAGCGAUGAGUUUGUGUCCAAAAGGAAUUAAUGCACUGAUUUUUGUGGUAAAAUUUGGAAUCAGAUACACAAAAGAGCAAAAAGAAAGUUUGGGAAUUUUAAAAGAAUAUUUUGGAUCAAGGUUCCUUACAGAUUAUGGUGUUGUCGUCAUGACGCAAGGUGAUUGUUUCGACCUCAAUCACCAGAAAGACAAAAUGACAUUCAAAGAAUGGCUGGAGAGACCGGACAAAAAAGAAGACGAUGAAUACUUGACUCAACUUCUCCAAGAUUGCAAUAACAGGUGUGUUCUGUUCUACAAUGUUGGAAAAAAGUACGUGGACAAAAGAAAAGAUUGUGUAGCUGAACUUCUAAACAUUAUACAAGCUGAGAUGCCCACUCCUUAUACUAGUGAACAUAUUGAACUAGCCAACGUUUUGAGGGAAAAAGUAACACUAAAACUAGGCACAGCAAUGCUGCACACACCAAUACAGGAAAAUCUGAGUCUGCUUAUUGAUCAGAUUCACAGAGACAUACGAAACAACACGUUCUCAUACGAAGCUAUGAUGAAAAAUCUUGAUGAACUUGAAAGAGAAGUUGAUAGUGUAAAAGUAGAAUUCAAAAAGCUCUCAGAUUUUAAAUCUUUGAAAGAAAGUGUAGCAUCUGUAGCACGAAAACUACAACGCAUCUUUUCACUUGAAGAAAGAGAGAAACAAAAUGUUGAGCAAGAGCAAAUCUUAAAGGACCUAGAAACUUUGAAAGAAGCCCCUGAUAAAAUCUUAAUUUAUUUAUCAAGAGCUUUUUACAUUUAUUCGAAAUCAGUGAAACCGAUUGGUAUUAUUGGGAGUUUUGGUAAAAAAAGAGAAUAUUUCCAAGAUUUAGAAGCUAUAUCAGAAAAGAUGUUAAAGGAAUCAAUUGAGGAAGUUAAAAAAAUGACUAAUGAAUAUAACGAGGCCAAAGAACAUAGAGCAAAAUUUAUGUAAAUAUUAGUAAGUGACAGUACGUGCAAGUUUUCCAUUUAAACUCUACAGAUUGAUGGUCAACAUUUUUCAGUUUAAAAAUGUAUAUAUUCACUUAAUGUAAUGUAACAUAACUAAUUGGAAUGUACUUUUUAAAGUUUUACACUUUUAACACAAAAUUGUCAUGCUUAUAAGUCUACAACUCUUCCACUAAUAAACAUUUACCUUUCAGUGUGGCUAAUUAGACUGACCAUCAGCCUAGAGAAAAAAUUGAUGUAACAUGAAACAUAUUCCAUUAAAGACUUAAGAGCAUUGGCGAUACAACGUGGCAGUGAUCGAGCAAUUUAAAUACUUUAGUUUAAAUACUUUUUUAAAAAAACAACCUUUAAUCUUACAGAAAGAGAAAACGUUGAGUAUACAAAAUAUGUGUGGUCAGCACACUUUAUUCUAGCUGUGAACGUUGUCUAAGUAUAACAACAACCAGUUUGCUCCCAAGAGCUUAUAUCUCAGAUGUAUAAUGUUCAUCUUGCGCAUUCAAUUACAGGACAAAGAAGCCCAUGUGUAUCAGGUUUUCCACUCAUAACUUGACGGGACUUUGGUGGCAACCCAAUGUCUGAAAAGUGGCUACAGGAAACAUUUUAAUUACCAUGUGUAUAGGGAACUCGUAGAGAUAGGAAGGGUAAUGACAGUCGUAACGAAACUAAAAAUAUACCUCCAAAUCAAAAGAGUCUCUUCAGUUUACAAGGAAAUCCAGUUACUUUUAUCAUAAACUAAUGACUUUAAUUUAUAAAGUGUUUUACAAAUACGUUUUAAAAGCCAAUAAACACUUGUCUUGCUCAAAUUUUAAAGUUACUUUCUUGUUCUGUUUCAAAGAAAGAAAGUAAGACUGUUUACUUCUUUUCUUUUCAAUCUAAAAUAGUUUCUUUGCUAAUGGAAUAUUUAAAAUAAAUUUAAAAGGUUUAUCUAAGAGGGGUCCUCGGUAGUCUGAAAAUACAGUAUCUCACUAAUACAAUCACAAUCACAGUAUUUAAAUUAAAAUGUUGCUUAUGACACAAAACUAUAAAUUAUUCCAUAAAAAUCAUUAUCUGUAUGUGAGAUAAAUUUUGAUGUAAGAAGUGGGUAAAAGAUAACAUUUGGAAUAGUUAUAAAAUAAAAGUUAAAUGAGCAAUGCUACAUUUCUUUCUACCUCUAGCAAUGGCUGCCAAAUUACCAGUUGCUGACGUCAAUGAGAUCAGUCUACUUUUACUUGGCAAAACUGGACAUGGUAAAAGUGCUACAGGGAAUACUAUUCUGGACUGGGAAGCCUUCGAAAAUUCAGACCGUGCGGGUUCCAAAACCAAAACAGCAAAUCUGAAUUGUUCAGUUAUAAAUGAUGGUACUGUCGUCAGGGUUGUUGAUACACCUGGAGUUAUGGACACAGAGAAACAGGAGGAAUGCAUCAUUUCAGAAAUCAUGGAAGGAAUGAGUUUGUGUCCCAAUGGAUUUAACGCCCUGGUUUUUGUAAUAAAAUUUGGCAUCAGAUACACACAGGAGGAGAGAGAAAGUUUAAAAAUUUUUAAGAAAUAUUUUGGACAAAAUUUCCUUGAAGAUUUCGGUAUUGUUGUGAUGACGCAAGGCGAUAGCUUUGACCUCAAUCAUGAAGAGGACGGUUUAACAUUUGAACAAUGGUUGUUGGCAAAUGAACGCGUGGAACAGAGCGGACCAUUUGAUGAGCUUCUUAAAGAGUGCAAAAACAGAUGCGUCUUGUUUUAUAAUUCUGGAGAUGAAUAUAUUGAUCAAAGAAAAAAAGGAUUGGAAAAUCUGUUUAAACUAGUUAAGCAAAUUUCAAACGUUUAUAAGAGUCAUCACAUAGAAUUGGCAAAGAGGGCCAGAGAAGGCAUGAUAAAAAAAUUGGACUUACCUGUGUUAUUUACAACUAUUCAAGAAAACUUGAGCCUGCUCAUUGAUCAGAUUGAGAAAGACUUACGAAACAAAACUUUCUCAUACGAUUUUAUGUUGAAGAAAAUAAAAACUCUAAGCGAAGAAAUUGAUGACGUAGGUAAAGAAUUCAAAGAAGGCCACACGUCAAAAUUAUUGAAAGACAUUAUAGAUUCCAUAUUAAUUAGAGUUGAGGCCAUUAAGAGUAAAGGAGAGAGAGAAAAACAAAGAGAAGAACAAGAACGACUGCUGACGUAUCUUCAAACUCUAAGAAAACCCCCGGAGAGCUUCCCUAUUUUUAUAAAAAAAGCUUUUUUAAACAUUGCCAAAAUGUUGAUGCCCAUCGGCAAUAUUUUAACUUUAGGUAAAAAAAAAGAAUAUUUCCAAAAUUUGUUUAAAAGAUGGGAUGAUUCUCUAAAACAACUAAAAGCAACAUAUGAAUAUACAAAAGUAAUGCAUGAAAGUAAUAAAAAAAAGACCCUCGCGGAAGGCAGCAAAAAGUUGCAAUGAUUUAUAAUCUUAGAGAAGUAUCUGGCAUAGAGUUUACAAAAAUUGAAUGUGAAAAUUUUUCAUGCUUAAAAUUGAUUUGAUCAAUUCAAAAAAUUACUUUUCCGAAUGAUAUCAAUGACUGGUACAACGUCACGAAUAAAUGUGUUAAAUAAAGUGUUAUUUCGAGAACAAUGUCACAUAUGUUAAUGAAUCUUAAAGGGAUACAUAUUUUGAUAGCAUUUUUAAAAAUAAUUAACAAAUGGGAUAAAAUGAUGUAAUGUUUAAAAUAAAAUAAGCAAAUGAAAAUAAAGUUAUUAACUGGUGUAUCAUGUAGAUAGUUAGAACAAAUUCCAAUGCAUAAAAACAGUUAAAAAUCACAACUCUUACAAGCCUUCGGAGAGGAAUUUAUAAUAUUUACUUUUAAUAAACACACAUUUUGACGUAAAACUUUCGAUAGUUUUAUUUACAUUAUAACAAUAUGCCUAAACGAAUUGCAAAAAUAUAUUUAGCCUGACUAAAAAUUUCAACAUUUUCGCCAGAAC